AUGUCGAACUCGGACAGCGACGACGAGCCCAUCACGCUCUCUUCCCACGCCCUCGCGGCGCUGGCCGAGUUCAACGCCGAGAAGGACGCCCGCCAGGCAAAGUUUGAGAGGCUCAAGGCACAGUGCGACGCCAACGCCGCCGGUGGACUGCCGCUGUCCAUGGAGGCGUUCACCGAGGACUGGAACGAGUCUCAGUUUUGGUACUCCGAUGACACGGCGAGGUUGCUGGCUGGGUACCUCCUUGAGGGCGCUGAUGAAUCCACCACCAUCGGCAUCGUGUCUGCGCCGAGCGCAUUCAUUGCUCUACGCAACCUCAUGAAUGAACGAGACCCGAGUCUGGGACGGCCCAAGGUCGUCCUGCUGGAGCACGACACGCGCUUCAACGUCUUCCCCGAGUUCGUCUACUACGAUUUCAAGACGCCAUUCAAACUCCCAGCCGAGCUCAAGGGUACCGUCGACCGUGUUAUAUGCGACCCGCCGUUUCUCAGCGAGGACUGCCAGACCAAAACUGCCAUGACGGUCCGAUGGUUGGGCAAGCCUGACGCGACCAACUCCAAUAACCGUGUCAUAGUCGUCACUGGCGAGAGGAUGGCAACCCUCGUGAACAAGGUGUACAGGCCCCUCGGUGUCCGCACCGUCGACUGGGCGCCGACAUUCGCACGGGGUCUGAGCAACGAGUUCUACUGCUACGCCAACUUUGAGUGCAAGGAUUGGACCUGGCGGGAGGCGGCCAUAAACUAA